AUGAAGAAACAUGCCAUACUGGCCUUGCGCAAUCUCCUACAUGACAACAAGACCAAUCAGGACGUGGUGAGGGAGAUUCAACCUGUCGCGAAGUGGGACGAGUGGGGGCGUGCUGCAGAGCCUGUCAUAGCAUCGGCACUGUAUGAUGAUCAAUCCUCUUCCUCCUCUCCAUCUCAAUCACUCUCUUCUUCGAUCCGCCCGCCCCUCCUUGUCAGCGUCAGCGCCGGUGGGGCCACCAUCCCGCCUGCAUCUGCGCUAUUCCUCCUCAAUCUGCUUCUCCAUCCGUCCCAGGUUAUCCUCCUCCGCUGGCUCCCGCUCUUCCCGGUGGCGCUUGAUGCGCUUCUUAGAGACAUCAGCAUCGUCUGA